GUUAUUCGUGGCAAUCCAAUGUGGUGAUAAAUUUUGGUAGAAGGUUACGAACAACGAAUUCAGGUUGGUUACGAAGUUAGGUUGAGAAAUGAUUGAGAACGAGUAGUGUCGGUUCGUCGCCCUAAGUUUUUAAAUAUGGAUCUUCUACCAAAAUGUCACGAGGAAUUCGGUCAGCAGACUUACUGGAAUACAUUUUUUUCUAAGCGGGGGAAAAAAGCUUUUGAAUGGUACGGAGAGUACCCAGAGUUAUGUGGACAUCUACACAAAUAUAUAAAAAUAAAAGACGAUGUGCUUAUGAUAGGCUGUGGUAAUUCGAAUCUGAGUAUGGAUUUAUAUGACGUUGGUUACAGAAACAUCACUAACAUUGACAUAUCGCAAGUUGUAAUCAGACAGAUGAUAGACUCCAACAGAACAGAGAGACCAGAUAUGGUGUUUCAGCAGAUGGAUGCUACAGCAAUGAGUUAUCCUAAUGAAAAAUUUAGCGUUGUAUUAGAUAAAGGGACUCUGGAUGCUCUAAUGACAGAUGAAAGCAUAGAUGUUAUUAUGCGAGUGGAGACGCUGUUCAAUGAAAUAACAAGAGUUUUGCGAAAUGGUGGACGAUACAUUUGCAUAUCACUGCUUCAAGAACAUAUUCUCAAGAAGUUACUUAAUUACUUCCCUAAUGCAGGAUUUAUGUUUAGAGUAAUACGGUGUUAUGAAGCUGAAUUGAAAACUUAUGAAGAAGAUGGAAAUGCAAUGCCUGUGUUUUUAGUUGUUGCUACAAAAUUCAAUGAGUUGGCUCAGUCAGUUCUUGAAGUGGGCCUGGUGGAGGGUACUUUAGAACGUGUUUCUACAACAGAUGAUAUUAUUUCAGCUGUUAAGUCUACACAACAAAUGGCAGUUAUCUGCUCAAGGCUACAUAGAGCCAAUAUAACGGAUGUUGGAGAGGUCUCUUUGGACCUACACAGACCCGGUGAUAAGCAUCCAAGAUAUACGAUAUAUGUCUUAGACCAACCAUUUUCUAGAAAAAACGAGUUGUAUGCAGCUUUCAUAGUGCCUCAGGGAAGAGAAACGUUAUGGUUGUUUUGUACUAAAGAGGGACGUCAACAGUUAUUGGAAACGACAAAGAGAAAUAGAUUGGCAAUAGUCACCUUGCGACGAGAGCAUACUUUCGAAAGCCUAGAUGCCAUCAAAAAUGAGCUCAGCGUUAGUAUUCGAAAUCUAGCACCCGCAGGUGUUGAUAACAACACUCAAAUCCCUUACUUAUCAUUGGAAUCUAGUGUUGGCAAACGAGAGGUCUGCCAUCAAGGAAGUAGUAAAUUCAGUGGAGAAUUUGUCAUCGAAGAAAUUGAAGAUGACAAAGGCUCCGUCUACAGGAGGCUCAUAUUUCUGAAUAAUCAAUUCGUCAUUCAAAGUGAAGCAAAACUAAAACUUGUCAAAUCGAGAAGAGGGAAAUCAAAGAAAGUCAUUGACCCCGGAUACCUGGCGUGUGAACAUCACAUUUACAUGAGUGUUGGGAUUUCGAUCGUUAGAAAUUUCAAAAAAGAACUUACUGAAAUUGCUAUCAUUGGACUAGGUGGGGGAGGUCUUUGUACAUUUUUGCGAAAUUGUUUACCAGAGAUCAAAAUCACAGCUGUUGAGAUAGAUGAAACUAUGCUACAAGUGGCAACUAAUUAUUUUGGUCUGACCCAAGACGCUAGCUUGAAGGUCGAAAUUACUGACGGUUUGAAAUUCAUUCAAGACUCUGCUAAGCAAGGAAAAAUGUUUGACGCAAUUUUAUUUGAUGUGGAUAGUAAGGAUACUACUGUUGGCAUGAGUUGCCCACCAAAACAAUUUAUUGAAAUUCCUACGCUUCAGGCGGUUUCACAGUGCAUAGGAGACACUGGGCUUUUUAUUUUAAAUUUAGUGUGCCGCGAUGAAGAACUAAGACGUGAAACUAUAGGCACUCUGAAAUCAACUUUCCCAUAUGUUUAUUCUUACAAUCUGGAGAGCGAUGUGAACGAAGUUAUUUUUUGUACAACUGAGAAGCUAGGAAGGCAAGUUGAAUGGAAGUUAGUUUUCAAGUCAGCCGCGAAUAUUCUUAAUAAUCAUGUACGAUCCAGAAAAUUGCAGAAUGCUGAUAUUGUUGAUGUUUCAAAUUUACUUGACCGUCUGACUGUAGAACUGUAAACUAUACCAGUAUACUAUACCAUAGUUAUGUGUUGUUCAUAAAUAAGUCUCCACGUCGAAAUAUACAUAUGUAUACGUGAUUA